AUGGCCGGUGGGCCGAGUCCGAGCAGCACAAGUCCCUCGAACCUCUCCAACAGCCCGUUCCUGCACGGCUCGCUGAGCAGCUCCUCCUCGUCCUCGCCGCCGAAGCAGCUGUUCUCAUCGCAAAACACCAUGACCGCCGACGUUUUUUCGCCAUCGCACGCCUACGCCAUGCCCGCGCCCAUAGGGAAGAGACGGGAUCUGGACAAAAAUGGGCUGCUGUCGUUCAGCGAGGCAGAAACCAGCCCAGAGCCACCCAAGGGUGCCCACACCAUCUUUCUGCGCAAGCUCCCCACCAACAGUGACAGGGAUGCUGUGCGCAACAUGCUGCUCUUUGCAAAGGACCUUAUUGACUGCGAACUGGUUUCCGCACCGUCCAGAUCACCCGACGAUAUGGGCUUUGUCUCAGCCGUUGCACAUUUCCGUACCAUGGAAAGCGCAAAGGAGGCGCGCGACCUUUUGAACGGGAAGCGCAACGCGACGAAUGAUGCGACCAUGAUCGUCGAGAUGUUGCACGACAAUCUGCCAGGCACCAUCGGGUCUCGGCGCAACACAGUGGACAGCACAGCUAUGCGACAGGGAUCUGUCUCCACCACGAAUGGGAUCGCCGGAGCCACGGCAAAUGGUCGUCAAUCUUCGCGAUAUAAUGGGACCUUCCAGAGCUUGGAGAAGAUGUCCCCACCCAACGGCACUCCGGGCCUUGGCAACGGAGAAUUUCCGGUCCAGAAUCUCUUCUCCGCGACCUCGCCAGUCAACAACUCGUUCCCGCAUCGCAUUGCUAACGUUGGAAAGAACACGAUCAACGACGAGGCCGAUGAUGAUGAAGGCCUUCUCAAGGAAUCUAUCGGAUACGGGGCGACUCCUGUGCAAAAUGCCAUCCCGCGUAGGGGCACCAACUCCAGCUCGGGCAUGCCCAUUACCAGAGGAUUCGCCUCGUUGUCCUUGAACACCAAUGGCGUGAACGGUAUGAGCCCACCGCCUAUGCCCAAUUACGCUUCGCCCCGUUCCGCGGCCACCAUGCAGUCACCCGGCACAGCCUUGUCAGCAAUGUCACCCCACUCCUCGAUCUCAUCUGCUAUCGGCAAUCUCGGACCAAAUGCAAGCUACCAGCAGUUCCAGCAGCAUUACAACCGACCAACAUAUCCUCCUGUCAACCCUGCAGAUCAGAACCCGCCUUGCAACACUUUGUACGUGGGGAAUUUGCCCGUGGAUACAUCCGAGGAUGAACUGAAGGCCUUGUUUUCUAAGCAACGAGGAUACAAGCGCCUCUGCUUCCGGACUAAACAGAAUGGCCCCAUGUGUUUCGUCGAAUUUGAAGACGUGUCUUUUGCAACCAAGGCGUUGAACGAGCUUUAUGGCCACCCGUUGCAUAAUAGUGUGAAAGGCGGCAUUCGUUUGAGCUUCUCGAAGAAUCCUCUAGGCGUGCGCACUGGCCAAGCGACCACGAUGGGACCAGCCUCCGCAGUUACGCCUACUACGCCCUUGCCCGGCUUUGGAGGAAGCGUGGCCGCCCCUCCCGGAUUCUCCACUGCCACGGGACCUCCACCUGGACUUUCCGCUCCUCCAGGGCUGUCUACUCCGAGCCAUUCGAAUGGCUCGCCUGCAUUCGGCAUGUAUUCCAACGGCGGGUUCGGUAUGGGCCAUAACGACAUGACUAGCCCUAUUCGCUCCCAGCCCAUGCCCGCGCCUCUGACUGCCAACGGUCCCGGCAAUGGCUUCGGCGGGAUGGGCGGCAACUACUCCGCUUACAUGAUGGGACGAUAG